AGACGCCGCCAUGAUCAUCCCAGUUCGCUGCUUCACCUGCGGGAAGAUCGUCGGUAACAAAUGGGAAGCCUACCUGGGUCUGCUACAGGCAGAGUACACCGAGGGGGAUGCCCUGGACGCUCUGGGCCUGAAGCGUUACUGCUGCCGCCGCAUGCUGCUCGCACACGUGGACCUGAUUGAGAAACUGCUGAACUAUGCACCCCUAGAGAAGUGACUGCUAGAGCCUGCCCUCCUCAGCUGGCCAAGGGCAAUCUGUCCUGCUGUAUUCAAACUGAGGUGUUGGGGAUGUGAGUGUAUUGCCUGGCUGUGGCCCUGUGGCUAAGUCCUGUCAUCCUGGAAGGAACUGUUUAGUAAAGAUCUUUGCAGAACCACCAA